AUGAUUCCCCCCCUAUUCAGGUUUGCUUCUACUAGAAAAACAUCAGUAUCAAGUAAACUGAUGCAAUUGAACUCAUCUACGACUAACGUGUUGACUCUAUAUCCCCGGCGCAAAGACACCCCACGUGUUGUGUUAAAUAGACCUACAAGAACUCUUGCUUCUCUAGCAAGAUGUCGUAAAGGUCAAGCUCAGGUCGCUCAUUUCAGUUCAUCAUGUACUAGUUCAUCAUCAUUUUACACUGACACGACAAAAAUGGAGGAGAUGGAAACUACAUCACUCGCACGUCCGCAGCACCCCCUCAUUGAGUGCUUGCGGCGUGUUUUCGUCACCCCUACAACUAUGUCAAAUCUGCGCAAAAUCUCCGAUGAGUUACAAGCCAUUUUACGGGAUUCGGUUCAUCCUCGGGAUAUGCUCGAACCUCCUACACAGGGAUCUGCUGUUGAUGAGCCUCCCGCCCAAGAAGGGCAGGAUCAGGUGGAAGCGCAACCAGCAUCCUUCCCACUAUGGAAUAGCAUCAUCAGACAUUGUUUAGACAGCGUGAUGUCAUCCGAGGUAGCUCCUAAUGAGCCAACAGGAGAAGCAGAUGGCGUUGAAGACGACCAGCACGGUCAACAUGCUGGUCUCACCGCCAUCGUAGGAACUGUGUGGGAAGCGCCAAAAGGAAUGGCGAGUGCUAGUUUGUGGACGUUAAUGCCUAGACAGACGAUACCAAUGCACAGUCAUCCAGCAUACGUUGUUGGGAAGCUGCUUAGUGGGAAGUUGGAAUGUGUUGUUGAAGUAGACAAAAAACAAGCGGAAGAAUUGGACAAAGAGCCCACUCGAACAUCAACCUCAUCUUCGGCAGGCGUUGGAGGAAGUGGGGAAAUUCCGACGGAUGGUGGAUCGUCAUUGGCCCCUACUAGUACCAGAAUCGCAAGGCCCGAAACCGUCAGCCCUGGUGAAAUCUUCAGUGUAACGCCAGAAAGGAAUCUGCAUCAGCUUCAUAAUCCUAGUGAUAGUGAGCUGGCGGUGUUUUUCGAAAUAACGUUUCCGACAUACGCGGAGGAGCAAGAAGAAGCGGCAGUAUGUGAUCAUGGUGAUGCGCAGGCAGCAGAGGCGGAAGGAGAUGUUCGUAUUAUACCGGGCGCAGCCGACACUGUUGCGAUCGAGGACCAGGAUAAUCAUGAUGUUGCGAAAGGAACGUCAUGUGUUUACUAUGGGCAAAUAGAAAAUCCAACAAAUAAUGAUGCCCACCCAAGCAGUGACAAGGAAGUGUCAUACUGGAAGCCCCUCUCAGAACCUCCUCCUUUCCGCAUCGCAGGUGGCGGACCCUAUAUCGGAAGGAUAAACUUCUCUUCACUUCUCUAG